AGCUUUCAAUGUCUGCUUGUGUUAUAUGUUUGGACAGCGGUGUUUAAUGGGUUGUCCCAGCUUGCCCGGACAGUAUUACCACCUCACAUGCUUCUCCACUUCAUUUUCCUCAAUUUUGUUUUCCUUUUCUUACAGCAUGUUCUGUCAUAUCAUAUUUCAUUCUGUCAGACAAACUUUCACUCUGUUCCUCAUCAGUGAGUAUUUAUUUACAAUCAUGUUUGUUUUUUUUUCUUUUUUUCCCCUCCCCACUUGUUCUCUGACACAUUUGCUGUUGCCUAGUUGGCCGCCUCUGUUCUCCUGUAAUCAAUCUCUUUUGUAGGUCUCCCUCCGCUCUCUGCCUCCCUCUCCUCCUACUCCUCCACCUACUCUCCGUUGCCUACUUUUCCUCUUACAUGCGCGCCUCUCUUCACUGACAUCUCAUGCACGGUAGUUUAACCCCCCCCCCCCCCAAUCGCUAAUCUCUCUCCUUUUCGCCUACUCCAGCUCUCCCACACAUUGUCCUCUCCGAAAAGAUGAGAGGGGUGCAUUUCUGUAUGUGUGAUUGAUAUGUUAUGUAAAGACACUUGCCAACAACAGGCUAACUGCAGCAGCAGUUAGGUUUUAUCUGAGGACAAAUUUGAGUUCAAUGUAUUCAGUGGGUGCUAAGUGCACAAACAUGAGAAAAUUUGCCCUGUUUAAAACUUCAUUUAGUGCUGUGCAAAUUCUACUUGUUCGUGCUCAGUAUGAAAACAUCACACACUGCUCACAGAAGCUGCCUUAAUUAAAAGAAAAUAUUCAUUGAUUGCAAGACCAGUAUCUGAAAUCCAUUUGUCAUCCCUGGGGUUUAUUUACUAGGAAUAAUCAGAGGCUGCUGAACUUUGAGGUCGGAUCUUGCAGCUCCUGCUAGUGUUGUAAUUUGGCGGCAGGGGGUACAGGGAGCAGAUGGCCCUGACAGACUGUAACUUACCCAACAGAGAGGGGAGGUCAGUGCAUGCUGGGAAAGACCAAAGAGACAAAGGGGAGAGGGGGAGGCUAAUAUGCACGAGGAGCAUUGUUUCCACAUGGGAAAUGUAUAAUUUAGAUCAAGUCUUGAAAUCAUAUGUGUGAAUCUUUCCAGCUAGUUCACUUCUCCAAAGGCAUUAGCUGACUGUUGCCCUCUGACCUUGCGUUGUGCAGUACAGUGGCAUCAGUAUGGCUCACAGAUGCACAGUACAGUCACCUUGGCAAUGACAAUCACUCUCCAAGGCUAUGACAUCACUCCAAAGAAAAGGAGAUGAGGAGGAGGAAGCGGGGGGGGUCUGCCUCUACAAAACCUCUGCAGCAUCCCAGCUGAUGCCCCAGCAUUCAGCUCCUGCCAAGAGGACCGACACAAGAGGAAGAAAAUCAGCCCUUUUCAAUUCCAUCACAGAGCAAGGAGUAGGAGGAGUCAGUCGAGUGAGAGAGUGAUGCUCCCAGCAGGUGCCAACAAGUGAGAGGUAGCCCAGCGACUGAGAACGAAGGGAGAUGGAGAAGAGUCUGUGAGAGCAGAAUACGCCCAGAGCUCUGAGGAGACAAACGACAGCCACUGUAUUUUCAGUCCUCCAGCUCCAGUUGUUCGUGUCUGUCUCUCUGCUGCCAUGCUGUGUCCUGCGCUGCUUUGUGCCACCCUGCUCCUCCUGACACCCCUGGAGAUCACAGAGGCUCGCGCUCUGCACCCUUCUCCUGAUGCUGUGCAGUUCAUGGAGCAGUUUCUGGAACGCUACAAUGACCUUUUGACCCUGGACGACCUGGAGAACCUGUUGAAUAGCCAACCAGAGGAGCAGUCCACCUUCUCCUCAGGGGUCAAAGCAGCCGAGUACCCCAAAUGGGCUGAUGGCCAAACGCAGGCUGAGACCCCCUGGCUGCGCCUGCUGAAGGGGGCUGUGGCCAAUCAGAAGCGCGCAGAACCGGACCGGUCAAGGAGGGGCUGGAACAGAGGAUGCUUUGGGCUGAAACUGGAUCGGAUCGGGUCCAUGAGCGGGCUGGGCUGUUAGUGGAGAGAAAAGCGAAAAUAAAGACUGAUGGCAUAAUUCUUAGGUAUUAUAGGGGAAAACACACUUGCAGUGAAGAGUGUUCACGUGUGUGUAGGCUACAUGUAGUAUGGUGUAAACUCGCGGCAGUGUUAAUGUGGUUUCAUCCAGCGUACAGAUACCAUAGAUCAGACGCUUCACUCUAUUGUGGCUGUUUUAACAGAGCAGCUGUAGUUUAUUCCAUGUUUAAGUAUUAAACUGAAUAUUAGAACAUGUGAGCUAUGUUUACAUCAAAUUAUCACCUUUUGAAUGUUGAGCUUGUUUUUAAGUAAACUGGCACUUCAUGUAUUUCUAGCUUUGUCUGCGUACCGUAGCCUAUAGAUGUAAAAGUGUUUAGGCAUUUCGUGGCCAGGGUGUCGUGCUAAAAUCAGGUGUAAUGGACGAGGAUAUCCAAUUGAUGGCACCUGUAAUUCCUGCUGUUUCAUUUUUAUGUUUACUUAUGAUUAGCAUGAAUAAAUGGAUUUGACAUUU